UGAAGAUAGUAAAGGCCAAUGAUGAUUUGUUCUCCAAUAAAAUACUAUAUUAAAUUACAUUUUAAAAUGUAUUUAUACAUUAUUUCAAAUAUGUAAGGUGAGGGUAAGAAAAGUCUUUGUCUGGAGGGAUUGAUUAGAUUACAUUCCAACUGAAAUAGAUGAAGCAUGUAAAUUAAAGUAUCCUAAUAUCAGUGACAUAUUUGCAUUGUCUGACACUUCGGUUGACACAGUUAUUCUCCUAAGACUCUCAUUACACUAUGAGACAAAUAUGGAACAUGGAUUUUAAGUUUUUUCACACUGAAAUUUUAAUUAACAAACACACACAUCCAGUAGAGGUAGAAAUGGGGUCAGGAGUUUGUAGCAUGAUUUUAUCAUUCAUGCAUUCAUGAGUAUGGAGAGAUUUGGCUCUACCACUUUAAUCUUCCCUUAGCUGCCCUUAAGCUUGCUUAGCAUAGACAAUAGUGUUAAUUAUUCCAUGCAUCUUUCCUUCAAACCCUUUACGUUCACGUAUGUUUAUGCAACAAUCAUGGAAGUGCCCAAAACACACAGUCAUUAAGAAAAUUCACCACACAAGCAAGUGGUAUUGCAGGUAUGCCAGUGACUGUUUUUAAUGACAGUUAGGGUCAUGGAGGGUAAUACGUUUUUGUCUGUGAAAUAGCACUUGGCAACGGACUUUUCUUGUCCUCCCCUGAUUGAUCCCUUUUGAAAACAUCAAUAUAAGUUGCAUAUCGUAAUAUUUAUAGAUGUGCUGUGGUGUAUGCCAUGUCAAGUUGCUGUUGUCCCAAUUUAGACACUUUUUACUGUUAAUUAUGGGUGUGCACACAUAUGCAUGCUAGCAGAUAGCCUCUGAUGUGUUAGUUUAGUGCAGGCCCACUCACUGAGGUCAACAUGUGAUAAAUAAGCUAUGACAACAGUAAUGAGUAAAACUCUUAAGUUCAGCACAUUUCUGCACUUCCACGAACUUAAUGAGUGCAUGGACAAGUUUUUGCCUGGGAGCUGUUAUUGGGGUUCUUUUGAACACGUUUUUACUCACGAAAUGUAGAAUGCAAAGCAAGCAAUAAUUUUAGGAAUAAAAAAAACCUUUCAGUUUGCUAACAAUGCAAGAAUUAUGCUUUGCCUUGAACUAUAAAAGGCUGGCCUGUUUAGCAGUAUAUUUACUUAUUUUAAUGUUUACCUUUUUAAGUUGUAAGUGCAUGACAUGUGACAUUAUAUCAAAAUAUUUGUUUAAGGCUAAAGCCUCGCCUGCAUCACUAAAAAGGUUUUUCUCGUGCAAUGCUCACGGGACUGAAAGUGUUAAGUGUCUGACGUCACCGUUCCCGGGGCGGUGACCUUAAAGGUGGGGGGAAAUCUUUGCUCUAGGGAUGAGUGGGAAGUGCGCCUCGCUUUCAAGGCAAAUAUCUUAUUUUGGAUGUUAAAACAUAGAGAUUCUGUACAAACUUGUUUAUAAGAGUCGGGCAUUGCAUUUCUUUCAGGACAUAUGUAUUUUGUAAUGGAUUGCCCGAGUUUCUUCAAGGUAAAUCUGUAGCUCUUAAAGUAAACAAUCUAUCGAAGCGAAUGUGAGUGUGUGGUGUUUCUGCAACUGAUCUUACCACUGCUCUACAUGUUCGAACUCGUCGUAGGCACAUUUAAUUUAACUAAUGCAUUUUACAGCAUGCGUAUGAUUCUGUUGCAAUCAUUGUAUCAAAACAACGAAUGCUUCUCAUUACAGCACAAAUGCACAUUACGAAACAAAAUCGUUACAAGCAGUUAUUGGCUUGAAACCUGAAAGUUGUGUUUGGUCGCCGAUGGGUUAAAAUCUCAGGGUUUGCGAUCCACAAGCUGUGUUUUUAUUUUCGCCAAGUUAUCAAAUGAGAAGGUUUACUUUAGUUUGAUUAACCUGUGUUGUUUCUGAAGACAUGUGAAAAAGUCCAAUAUGGUGGAGAAGAUUUGAUGAAGUGCAUGCAAGCUCUCCGCGAGACAGAAAGGAGGAAAGGGGGUCGCUUUUCCCCUGGUCUUUUCCAAUGUCCCGUUCAGAGCAAACGUGCAAAAAAAGGUGUGUUAAAGAGUUUGGGUAUGCUCACGAGACACGUGCCCCCUCCCCUAAUUAAAUGAUGCAAAAUGCAAAGGUCUGGAUAUGAAAGCAGAUUAAAUUUCGUUCGUCUCUACAUCAGUUUUCUUUAUGAAAUUUAAUGUCACUGAGCUCUAUUGUGGGAGAAGAGGACGCGUCAUGCAGCCACAAAUUUGUGAUUAUAGAGGCUCGAGGAGGCAGUUGGCUCUAUUCUGACGGAUUUGCUCCAUACGUUCAGAUAGAUCUUUUACAUUAUAGCAGAAGCCAGAAUCCAAGUCAUCUUUUAUACAGCAUUAAAUCGGAAGGGUUUAAGGAUUUUUUUUUUUACCGGACUAGAUUAUGGUUAAGUACUCAUGAUAAAUUAAAUAACCAUUUUCCCCCAAGCUGUUAGGAUUGGAGGCUCUACACGAGGAAGGGGCACUUCAGAAGGAUUUUUCGAUAUCAAAGAUUUGAAUCCAGUGCACUGGCGCAUUUUUCCCAUUUUGCAUAAAUCAAUAGCUAUAGUCGUUGCUCAAAAAAUAUUUGCUGUCCGGAUGGACUACCAUUUUUAUAGAAAACAUGACCUGGACAUACUUUUUUGGCCGUCAAAGCCACAACGGUGCUGAUUGCAAGACCUAGGCGAAACUCUUUACGGGAUUAUAACAUCUUGUUCGGUUCGGUUCUCGUGGUUUUCCGCUCUGGAUUUCGGAUUUAUCGCUUUUUUUAUCGAGAUGGAAGGCCGGGAUUUCGCCCCUCCGCCGCACCUUCUGGCAGAGCGAGGCGCGCUGGUUCACAGAGCCGCCUCGAGGAUCACUCCUACCGGGCACACGACAGUGCAGCAUCCCGGUCACUUUCAACCUGGGAAAUAUUACCCCUCACACAUACCGAUACCUCCACAUUCAGGCAGUGGACUGAUAGGGAACUCCUCUGCCUCCUUCAUGGGUACAUUUCUGGCCAGCAGUCUGGGUUCUCCCCCCUCCCACCCAGCUGGACCCCCAUCUUCACCUUCAUCUCCACCCUAUCGGACCAGACCUCACUCCACAACCCCAUCACAGAUCUGGUUUCCCCACUCACAUGAAGCCCCAGGGUAUGCCCGCUUUUCAGGGAGUCUAGCCCCCACCUUCCUACCCAUGAGCCCCCUGGAUCACCAUGGCAACAGCAGCGUACUCUAUGGACAGCGUUUUUAUGACACUCAGAAAGAUUUCUAUCUACGAGGCCUCCCUUCGCAACCGCACCUUCUCUCCACCAAUCACAGCCUCCCACCACUAUCUCGGACUGCCCCUGCCCAUCUGCUGGAGUCCUGUAGUCGGGAGAGGGACUCUGGGAGCGCAGCUUCCCAAAAGAGCUCCAAAGAGACAGGUGUAGCGGAGCGAAGAGCAGCACCUGGAGGAAAAGAGAAAGAAAAGAGUAAACAAGACUCUAAGCAGGAUCUCCAGCACCAUGGUCCACCACUUCACACCCUUCAUCACCACCACCACCAGCACCAUCACUCCCAAAGCUUAGAAGAGGACCUCCGUCACAAAGGCGACCCCAAGCACCUUAGCUCCUGCCUGCUUAGCACGAAGACCCAGAAUGGCUCUGACCAAGGGGCCACAGCCAGGGGCUCCCUGCCUAGUUGUGUAGGGCCAGGAGCCUCUGGUCUGGGUACUGGUCGGCAGCCAGGUGGGGAAGGUCACUGUUGUAAGGAGGGGGUCAGUGGAGAGAUGCGAAUUAGUGAGCCAACCUCAGAGUGUCUUCGCCACAGUGCCAUGCUGGGCCAUGCCCACCCAAUGCCCUACUCAAUGCCCCAUCCCUUAGGCAUUGGCUCUGCUGUGGGAGGAUCUUGGCUCCAUCCAAGUCAUCCACACCAUCACCAUCCUCAUCAUCCCCAAACAGAUCUCUUCUGCCCACCUCCCCCUGCCCCGCUCAACAUGCCAAAUGCUCAGGAAAAGAGCCUGGCUCCUGGAAAAGGCAGGGACUCUGAGGUGACAGGGCCUACCUUUGUGCCAUCCGUGGGGCCACUGGGGGACAAAAACAAUGGACCGUUCCAACUAGGGAACCCUCACUGCCAAGGUAUAGGGGGUGGAAUUGUGGCAGCUGGGGGAGGUGUUGGAGGAGGUGUGGGGAAAGAAACCAAAACUCCUGAGAGGAGUAGCAGUGGAAGUCGAACAGCUCCACCUGCGCCUCCCCACAUGCCUCCUCCUAGUAGCUGCCAAAGAAAAUCUUCCCAACAGCAACAUGCAUAUGGUAAAGCAGACAAGAGCUCAGAGUGGCCCCCCGGCCCACUUUCACGCACACACGGGGUUCAGCACAGUCAUAAUCAGCAUUCCAAUUCGGUUCGGUCAUGUAGCUUGGACAGCAAUGAGGAAUCAGAUACCUUUCGUCCUUCUCUUCCACUGGGGACGAAGGGUGGCCACCAAGCUAAGAGUAGCAUAUAUGCCAGCACUCCACCAUUUCGGGACUGUUCUCAUUCAGGUCUAUCAAACAGGGCUUCUUCUGAAGGUAAAGGUGGAACUGAAAGUGAGUGUAGUCUUCAGAGAAACAGUCAGAGAGUUGCACGGAUACGUCAUCAGCAGCAUGGUAACAGGGGCAGCACUGGUGGGCUGGAGCCUAGCGACAGUGCACAAGAAAAAAGUACUACAGAAUACAGCAGGCAUCAGACUGGCACUCAUCCCUCCUGGGAAGUGCGAGGACACCAGACUCGGUCAGAUGAAGAACAGCACAAGACGUUCAACUCUCUGGGUGCCAGCUCCCAGACUUCCCGUGGGGACCAAGGGCCUCUUCAACCCUUGACGUCCCCACAGGAGUCCACAUUGGGGCCCCAAGGACCUGAAAGCAAUGCCAUGAGGAAUCUGAUGAAGUACAGCAGCCAGCAACCACUGCUGUUCUCUCAGAAGAGCCCGUUUGGUGGCUUGGGCUGCCUCAAGCAGGGGGCAGCUCCUGGGGAAAGGAGUGAGAGAAAUUACAAAAGUUCGAGCUGUGCUCUACAAGAGGCGAAGCAGAUUCUGCCCCCCAGGAGAGCUUCAUCAUCUGGGGAGAACGAGCAUUCAGAGCGAGUGGGCAAGGACUCCGGGGAAGCUCAAGGGGAGGGAGAGGUACGGCAGCCCCCUGUGGGGAUAGCAGUGGCCGUUGCCAGGCAGAGAGAGCCCCUGUGCCGCCUGUCAGAUGGGCAUCCCACCCACAGCCACCAAAGCAGAGUGAUGCCCAGCAUGAAGGGUGUUGGAUGCCCCAUGUAUCCGCUGGAUCAGGAUAUGGAUAAGGAACGAAAACGAGUUUGUGAGGAACAACUUGGACUUCCUCAGUUCGACAGAGAGAGAGAGCUCCUCCUCAGGGAAAACAAAGACAGAGUUGAGUUUACCAGGAUCCACCACUCCAGUAGUUGCCAUGGAGAUCUGACCUCGCACCUUAUUAUGCCAGGCAGUAGCCAACUAGGCACUGAGUCAUCUGCUCAUGCCCACUCCGCCCAUCAUCACUGGAUGCCUCGGACAGGAAGUCCCUCCCUUUGGAUGGGACACUCCUAUGGUCUCAGUCAUGCAGCAUUGCACCAGAACCUGACUCCAGGCUUCUCCACAACCAUGCCCAGCCCCUUGCAACCAGUUCUGCCUCUCCCUCAGGAUCCUUCCACCGCCCUGGUGGUACUGCCUACCGAACCAGCAGCCCACCCUGCCACCCAUCACCUUGAUGUAAUGGAGCAGCAGGGAUUGUGGCCCUCCGUUUAUGGAGCCCGAGGGCCCACCUCACACAUGCAGCAUCCUGCUGUCUAUUCUCGAUCCCAGUUUCUACGGCAACAGGAACUCUAUGCGCUGCAGCAGCAUCAGCACCAGCAGCAUCGUGCAGCGCAGGUGAUGGAGCUAGUGCACAGACACAGUCACUCACAGAGGAAACCUGAGGAUUCAGAUCCAGGCAGUUUCUCGUCUGAGCUCCGUACGACCAAGCACUCUAAGCCUUUCUCUGUUGGCCCCUCAACUAAACCGCCCCCCAUCUCCUCGUCCCUGGGGGGCUGUGCCUCUCGUCUUUCACCCUGCUGUCGCUCACCUGCCCCACGGUCCCACCUCAAGAGUACACCCUGCACGCCCUGUCCUGAACCAAGCCCAGCCGUGACUGCCCCUCGUUCCCCGGCGCUGAGCCCCCACGCAGCCCCCCACCACCUGCCAAAACCUGCCGAGUCCCAGGACAAGAGGGGAGAGGGGCAACCGCCCCAGGACUACCCUCAGUCGCUGGAGCCUGAUCUCCCUCCUGGCUAUACUUACCCUGCCAUCGCCAGGGGUUACAAGGGUGGCCCCUCACCCCAAGAGGUCCAAUUGGCUGAGCAUGCUGACUUGGAGGCAGAGCAAGCAGAACCUGCUGAACCUGCACCACAGCCCCUCCCCCUCUCUCAAAUCGGGGAGGAGCCUGAUUGCCACAAUGGAGUGGAAUCUCCUACUGGAACACCCCAAGAAGUUGAGGAAGAUGAUGGGGUGAUAGAAGCUGAAGGAGAGGUGGAUGACGGUCAGAAUCGGGUGACCUGCUGCCCUGUUCCACUCUCGCAAACUUCCCUUUGCCCCGUUACUGAUUCUACGGUAGCAGACCCCAUUCCAGAUACAGUGACCAUGAUCCCUGAAAAUGAAACUAGUGAAAUGGAAAUUCCGGCACCAUCUGAAGACCUCAAAGAGCAGGAUGGGGUUCUACAGGAUCCAAUCCAGGGUUCUUUGACCACCUUCCGGGAUUCUCAGUGUAUGGAGCCUACCGUGACUGACCCAGAGAGGACAGUAGAGGACAAUUGUGAUUCACCCAGUAACCCAGUAGAGACCACCAAUCCAUCACCACCCCCCUUCCUGUGCCCCGUGCCGUCUGCCCUGGGAAAUCAGUACCAAGGCAGCUGCAUUUGGAGCUUGGAGCUGCUCAUAGCAGCAGCGCUGUGUGCCACCCGAGAUGCCCGCAUGGUGGCCCCUGUGUCUGUAUCUGCUGACACGGUGGCCCCUAAUUAUGGCAUAGAAUUACUAAGUGAACUGGCAGAGUUGGAGCGAACCCAACAGCAGAGGAACAACACGGUGGAGAAUGCAGAAGAAGACAUGUUGACCUUUGACCUCCAAAGUUUGGCAACUCUUGCUGCUGCUCGCGCCUUGGAGCUGGCCCCGCCCAUCACUGCAGACUCAGUCCCACCCCUCCGAAGAAUCCUUAAUCUGCGCAGGAAGUGCAAUUGGACGCCACGCCCCGAACCGGUGUGUCCUGUUAAGGCUACCAUGGAAACGCUGGAUCAAGAUGAGCUAGCGAUGCGCAUGCGGCUGGCAGAACUGCAACGGCGCUACAAGGAAAAACAGAGAGAGCUGGCCAAGUUACAGAGAAAACAUGACCACCAGAAAGAGGAGACCUCACGGAGUCCAGCUCGUCGAGGGCCUGGAAGGCCACGGAAGCGCAAGUCCACAUCGGCACCCCCAAUCCCCACGGAUGACCCUAAAAAAGUCAAGUCGAUUGGAGUGGGGGCGGGGCUAGGCCUGCUGACAGAGGAGGAGUUGGCUGGGGGUGGAGACCGGAAAAGGAUGAAGAGGAUGUCCAGUAGCCCUUACCACCAUCUUAACAACACACAGAUGAAGGCUCACUGUAGGCCAAGAGGCAGACCAAGACUGCUAAGCACUAAGUUUAAGCAGAAAGCCUGUUCACAACUGAAGCAGAAAGCCAAAGUCAAGCAUGGAUCCAGACUGGUGAACUUGUUAUGUCACAGAGAAAGCAAUACAUCAAACACCAUCACAGAACAUCUAUCCAGAGAUCACAAUGGAAAUCAAGAAGAACACACACAUAGUAACAAAACUGGAGAGCACAGUGACACAGCAGGCAGUGGGGCAGCAGUCCACCAGGGAUCAGAUGAGAAGCAGACUCUGAUGAGAAGAGGCGCAAGGUCAAAGGCCAUCCUGAGCUCCUCAACCCUGCCAACUCGAACUAAGCAGCUGCUACGCAAUACACUUGUGACCAAUAGCAAGUUUGAAGCUCCAGAGAAGGGCAUCUCGCAGUUGGACAGCAACACAGAGGAGGAAGAUGACGGCAUCUAUAAUAGCGAGAAUGGGGCAGAGGGCAUCAAGAAUCUAUCAUCUAAAGAGCAACUGUCGGGAGCCAGCCGGCCUUCAGAGUGCUCCAUCGUACAGCUUGAAGCCAAUCAGAAAGCCAAGAACAACAUGGAAAGACAAGGAUUCGGGUCUGUGAAUGUGUCCCUCUCUAAAGAAGAGGUAAGGAUGAGAAGAAAGGCCCCCUGUAGGCCAGUCCUCGUCAGUGCUGACAAUAACCACUCAGAAUUGGAGGAGGGAAGAAGAUUGAAUGGCCCCAAGUGGAGAGAGGGGUCAAGGGAACACACCUUUGACCACACUAGGUUCCUCAAGACCUCAUCCAAUCCACGAGAGCGGGCCACCAGGAAGACUGCAAUGCUUCUCGGCAAGAGGAAGAGCUGUUGGUUUGAAACGCUAUGUUCUCAGUAUGAUGACAUCACUUGGAGCAGACGAAUAAGAAACAAGCAGCAGGCUAAGGGCCACGCAGUCAGUCGUUUGCUUCAGAGCUUUGCUGCCGAUGAGGGAUUCCAUAUGGAUGAUGACAACAGCUUCUCAGAGGGCGAAGAAGAGGAGGAGGAACCAGAGUUGGUGGGCAGUGCCCUACCGGCCCCGGCCAACUGCACUCUCACCAAAGAAAUACUGAGGGACGGACUGAAAGUGUUAAUCUCAAAAGAGGACGAGUUACUGUAUGCUGCCUAUGUACAUACACUGGACCUGCCUGAUAUCUACAGUGUUGUCGUUGAUGGAGAGCGAGGUAACAGGCCGAGGGUCUACUCUCUGGAACAGCUGCUUCAAGAAGCGGUUUUGGAUGUACAGCCAGAGACGGUGGAAACUUUGACAGCUGGAACAAGAGUGUGCGCCUACUGGAGUGAACGUUCACGCUGUCUGUAUCCUGGAUAUGUCCGUAGAGGAGGUCCAGGUGAGGAACAGAAGGAGGGCAGUGUCAUGGUGGAGUUUGAUGAUGGCGACCGGGGAUGGAUUUCUCUCUCAAGCAUUCGGCUGCUUCCGCCAGGCUACCAAAUUCACUGUGCAGAGCCAUCACCAGCCCACCUGGUCUCGCCUACCUGCCGCAGGAGGAAGAGCUCCACUCAAGGGAAGAUAGCUCGGCAGACUGAUGUGUCCUCAGAGCGAUCCGCUAACGCAGAGACCAGAACUUUUUUUGUUAAAGGCAAGCCAGGAAGGCCAAAAUCAACCAAUUCAUCAUCAAAGAGCUGUAUGUCAGAGAAUGUGACAGGGACAGCUUCUCCUCUUCUUGGCUGGCCUGUUGCUGCCAUGUCCAGAAGGAAACCUUCCACGGAUUUCUUCCAGUUUAAUGGGUUAACCAAGAGAGCUCUAAGGGCAAAGGAAUCAGACAUGCUCCCCUUACUUAGCUCAACCAUGGCCACCCCAGCCAAAGGGAUCUUCAGCACUUCCUUUGAGGUAGAUUCCUUCAGCAGCAUUGCAAAUGGUUGCACAUCCUUUGGAAAUCAGCAGCUGACGACAGGCCUGUCCCUUGGUCAUAAGAAUAUCUCUAGUUUACGUGGUAGAAAGACAGCAGACAGGAAGGAAUUUCUGGUCAAACUAGACCAUGAAGGGGUCAUGUCUCCCAAGACUAAGAAUGGAAAAGCAUUGUUACUCCUUGGAAGUCCAGAGGUGCAGAGUUCUAGAGGUGGGCGAAUGGAGAAGAGCUUCGGAGCCAAAGGAAUAAGGGAACUGACCUCAACGAUGGGCUACUCUCAGUCUGUUCUUCUAGUCAAAGAUGCCAAAAGGAACAGUGGCCAUCUUCUCAAAGGUUCAUCAGACAUUCGUAAGCACUCUCAGGGUCUGGGGCUUAGUGAAUAUGCAGAUUAUGGGCCGAACUGCCACAGCGACUGCCUAAGCUCCUAUUCAGAUAUGGAUGAGGAUGAAGACGAGGAGGAAGAUGCUAGAAGAGCAGCAAUGCACACAACUGGAAGCUUUCUGUCUCGUCUCUCUGUUUCGUCGUCAUCCUCAGGGUCCUCCAGUGCAUCUAGUUCAGGCUCGUUGUCCAGCUCCAGCAUCUGCUCUUCUGACAAUGACUCGUCCUACAGUUCAGAUGAAGAAGAGGCAUCACAGCUUCUCCUACAGGGUUGCCUGUCCACUCAUCAUAGAUUGCUUCAACAACAGCAGCAUCCUGAGCCUCCUACUGCCCCUCCACGUAACACUUUUGGAGCUAAAACCAUGAGUAUUUCUAACUCAAAGGCUGCAGUUAAUAGUAGUACAGGGAAACCUUCAAGAAGAAAGGAGAUUGCCAACAAUUCUGCCACUGUAGUACAGUACAAAUCUUCCAAAGACUUUCCUAAGAAGCAGAAGAUACCAUCUACAGAUGGUCCACCCAACGCGUCCACAUUCUUGCCAGGGCGGCAGCUAUGGAAGUGGUCUGGGAACCCAACUCAGAGACGAGGUUUGAAAGGAAAAGCAAGGAAACUCUUCUACAAGGCCAUUGUUCGGGGCAAAGACACAGUCCGAGUUGGUGACUGUGCAGUGUUCCUCUCUGCUGGCCGACCUCACCUUCCCUUCAUUGGCCGCAUUGAGAGUCUAUGGGAAUCGUGGUCCAGCAACAUGGUAGUUAAAGUAAAGUGGUUCUACCACCCUGAGGAGACCAAACUUGGCAAAAGGCACCGGGAUGGGAAGCAUGCCCUUUACCAAAGUUCCCAUGAGGAUGAAAAUGAUGUCCAAACCAUCUCCCAUAAGUGCCAGGUGGUGAGCCGAGCUGAAUAUGAGCUUCUCAGCCGGAUCAGAAAACCGAAUAGUAACAGUCAGGAUCUCUACUACCUGGCUGGAACUUAUGACCCCACCAGUGGCCAACUAGUAACAGCCGAGGGAGAGUCAAUCAUCUGCUAGUGUUUGAAAAUAGCAGGAUGCACUACUGAAAUCAUAAUUUCUCUUUGGGGGAUACCAGAAAUGGCUGACAAUCAGGCCGAGAUACGAAGCUAGCAUGAUGUUGAAAGUGACCUAAACCCACAGCCAUGGGUUCUGCAGCAACUUUCAUCUCCACUCUUAGUCAUUGAAGUAAUGGUGUAUUAUUGAAUGAAUUGUGGAGAGGACAACUCGUAGUGAUUGCUCUAUGAAGGCUCUACAGACAUAGAAUGUUUUAUUAUUAUUAUUAUUGUUAUUAUUAUUAUUAUUAUUAUUAUUAUUAUUAAUUUGUGAAAAUGGUAAGGCACUGUAUUUGUUCAGAGUAGGACAUUUAGAAAGAUAAACAUGGACUGUAUUGUUGGAUUUGCAGAGAGAUCUUUUGUAAAGAUCUUAACUGGUUAUACACAUCAAACUGAUGUCACCAGGACUUUUGAUUUCCCAGCAGGACCAAAUACACUGUUACUAUGAGCUGUGGUAUGAUCUGUUUGUUUGUGUGUUUGCGUGGAUGAGGUGGUACUUCUUUGCUGUAUGCAAAUUUGUGAAAAACCAAGUGCGUACGUAAAGAUCAUCCAAAAAAAUCAAACAGGAAUAGGCGUGAUUAGAAGGCCUAACUGGUGUUCUUCUUAAUUCAGUGAUGCUCUCACAGGUGUACAGUCUAAUGACCUCUUUUGACAAUUCCAGGGAUUGUUUUUAUUUUUUUAUUUUCUCUUCUUUUUGACGCUCAGAUAACAGAAAGUCAAUAUAUAAACAAGUCAGUUAAUGAUCUGAUAAUUGUGUGUAAACAAACAAAAGGAAUGAUUUUUCCAGUCAAGCCAUACAUUUCUGUACCUAUUGCUUCUCAUUCAGGUGUAUAGUUUUACAAUUGAUUUGUUUGAUGUGUGUAAAUAUAUAAAUAUAUAAAUUAAUAUUAAAAACAACAAACUGUAAAUAUAAUAUAAAUGAAGAGAGAGCUCUAUUUCUCUUUAUUGCUCUUGAUUGUGUAAUUUUUUUGGUUGGUUAAAUAAUAAUGGCUGUUUUGUUUGAUCGGGAGGUUUACUUCAUAGACAGGCUUGAUUCUUAGUUACUGAAAACCCUCCUCACUCAUGUAGAUGAGGAGGUUUGGGAAAGGUUUUACAUGCAGAGCAAACAGUAGAACCGACACCAUGCAGUCCAGUCAGCAACUUGGUGAUAAAGUGGAAAAAGGCUGUCUGUGUCCUCUUCAUUAUUAUCUUUUUUUUUCUUUUGCAGUUUGAUUUAGCUUUGAAAGGAUUCUUUUUUUUUUUUUUCUAUUGUAUUUCAUUGUCUCUGUGAUCUAAUCGGAAACAAUUUGAACAAAUAACAUUAAAAGCUCUCAUCUGUGUUAAAAACACUAUUGUACUUAGUAUUGCUUAGUAUAAAUCUGGCCUCCAAAAUGUUGAACCAAAGUAUGUCUGUGGAAUUGCUAUACAUUCAACUGCAAUAAAUUUGUAGACUUACAAACUAAGGGCACUUGCAAUGUUUUUUUGCCUGAUGUACUUUAGAUGACUGACAACUAAUUGUGCAAAUAGCUUUCAGAAUGCUUUUGUGUUGCCUAAACACCUGAAACGUUCUCAGUCGUCCAAGGACUUUGUGUUUGCAAGGGGUGGGAAUGAAAAUGCAAGCGUGGGCAGACACUUCCAGCACUUGAAGCCUCCUGCAGUCCUAUGUCUUGUGAUCAUGAAGGACAAUCAUAGCCUGUUAGAAAGGGCAGUUUAAAACAGAUCAAAUCUAAAAUACUGUAUUGCCUCUUGUCACUUUUCUUCCUGCUUUGCCAAAAAUUGUUCUGUUUCUUUUUUCAUUGUCAACGUUGUACGCUUAUUUGUUCAAUAUGCAAGCCUGUACAGAUUGUUCCGUGUUGGAAUUGUGAAAAAAAGGAUAAAUAUGCCUUUUAAUCCUAAAGGAUGACUUACUUUUUUAAUGACAUUGUUGCUGUUACACUGCAGAAGCUAAAGCUUUAAGAAAUAUGAUGUGAAAAUUAAUGUAAUGUCACUUUCUGGGUCUAUAAAAAAAUUUGAAAAAGAAAGAAAAAGAUAAAUUUUAUUUUUGUAAACAAACACUGGAUUCAAUGCUUGAUACACUGGCACCACCAGGGUGCCAGGAAGUUGGUCAAGCCUCAAAGGAAUUAGAAUCAUUGUGUUACCUUAAUUUGAGACCCACUAGGAACUGAUUUUUAUGGUGGAUGUUCUUUUUGACCUUGUGGGGAAUAUAAAUCUUAAGAUAUUUCCACUGUUAAAACAUGUUAUUUAUCUUAAUUUUAUUGCAUUCGUGUUGCAUUUAAUAAAUAAAUAAAAAAUCU